AUGGAGAUCCUCAUCCAUGUUUCUGCGCCCAGCACCGUUCAGGAUGAUGCGCGUUACCGGGCGCAAGUCGACGCCAUCGUUGCCUGUCAGUCCAAUCAAUACUGGCGAACCAUACAACCAGCAUCAUCGUCAUCAACAGCAGCAGUGGAAACCUGUGAGAGUCCAAGGCAAUCCACCGUGGAUUCUGUCUUGAUCAAACCCCGCGGACAGGAAUCCCCUGCUCCUCGCUCGGACCACCAGCCUGCUAGACCUCUUUCAGGUCAGACCCUGUGUGCUCAGCCGAUCGCUACUAGGAUCGGUUCCAGCCCACCGGCUCCUUUAGAUCGUGUCUAUCACCCGGUACCUGAUUCCCUCGACAGUCUGGUCAGCGUUAUUCCAGACUCUCAGCCGGAGACAGAUCUAGAUCCUAUCCAUUCUAUCCGCUCCCUAGAUUCAUGCCCACUCGACACUCGGGAGAUUUCACUGGAGGACUCAUACUCUAAUCCGCCAUCCAAGAAAUGCCGCAUCGGGCCGUUGCUCCUUCCUCUAACAUCUACUGUGAGCCCUUCAGCCACUAUCACCCAUGGUCCCGCAAAUACACCUACACUCGUGAACCCAGUAUCCUCAACAUCGCAUUCCCAUUUCCCUUGUCCUCGUAAGAUUCUUGGAAAUAUUCCCCAUCUUCAAGAACCAUGUCAUCUCCUCCCAUUCCUCCCCCUAGAAAUCAGACCUGCUCCACCCCCAAUCUCAACAGCUACCUUCGUCACUCAUAUCACUCCCACACUAUCCAUGCUCACUGAGCGACUCAAGCCCGCUCGCACUUAUAAACCACUUCAUCAAUCCCGCUCACUUGAUCCGCUUGAACGCGGCUACUGGAGUACAAAUAUGGUACUUUGGCCUGAUAAGAAAGGACCCGGCCACGAUCAUCAUUGGGAUGUUUCUACCUUUCAUCGCUUUUGGUCCUUUCUGUCGGAUUUCAUUGGUAAGGAUUCUCGUGCUGGUUGGGGAGUUUGGUGUAUACUUGAGUAUACGGAUUUAUCGCCGUCCUUCUUAGGAGGUGUUUCGGUGCACGACGCGAACGAGAUGGUUCUGGUGCAGUUGAAGGUUUAUGCAUGGGGUGAGAUUGCAAUGCAUAUCUAUUUACUCCUAUUUUUGGCUAGUGAGCGGCGAGUUCGAGGAAUGGGAUUGCAAUGGAGGGAUUCACGAGAUGAAACUGUAGUUCAAAUGCCGUGA